GGUAGUAAAAAAAAAGUGAUGAAAACACGGUUUGUACAAUGUGUAACGUCAAGCAUUAAAUGUCAUCAGCUAGUAGAAGUAAACAUACGAAGAUAAAACAAUUCAUAUUUUCUCAAUCUAAUAGUUUUGAUGUUACUACUUUACUGAAAUAUAUAUAAAAUAUAUUUAAUGUAACAUGAUAAUGUAGACUUUAUUAAACAUCUGACUCUCUAAACUUCAAAAUCACGAUUUUUUGGAAUAAAAUACUUCAAAAAGUGUGCAGGAAAAAAAAUUAAGUUAUUGUCAAUGUGCACCAAAGUUCGUUGGAGUUCAAAAUUUAAACAAAAUUAUUUUUUAAUACAUUUUAAUUUAUCAUCGUCAUUGAGGAACGUCCAUGAGUCUUAUUAUUAAAUUUAACGAUUCAUGUUAAAAAUUAGUGACAGUUAAAAUUUUGCAUUGUAGCACUGAGAUAAUUAAUUUUCCGAUACGAGAUAAGGUUCAAAACUACUGACGAAGUAUCGAUAAAAGAUGUCUCAAUUUAUGAACAAGUUAUGAUGUGCACUUGUAUAACUUUUCAAUUGGUAUGUGGCACUUUAAUGGUGAUAAUAAAGUCUUAUCAAAAAGAUUACCACAAAUCAAAGUACACUAGCAAUGGAUGAUCAAGAUCACAAUAUAAAUCGAGUUCCUCUUGUUUCUUUACCGGAUUCAUAUCCAGCAUGGACAGAUGGUAUACCAAAAAUACCUGAUACUGCUGAGGCUAAUUCAUCAGUUGGCCUAAACCAUUUAGAGAGACUGAAAAUAGAUGUCAUACGAAACAAUGUUAUCAAGCAAGAUCUGACAUACGGUGACUUUAAGCGACUUGGAUCUAGCAAAUUAGGAUUUGUUACUGAUGAUAUACGAAGGGUAUUAUGGCCAAAGAUAUUAAGAUUAACAGAUAAUGAAUCAAACAAAGUAGGUGAAGAACUAGACAGUAUUCACACCCUUAUACCAGAUGAAAUAUAUCAACAAAUAUUAAAAGACGUAGCCCGUAGUGGCAGUCACUUAUCACAUAAUGCAACUAAGUCUGAAAUAGAUACCUUUCAUAAUGAACUUACAAAGAUUAUUUGCUGGGUACUUUAUAAGCACCCGAAUAUGAACUAUUAUCAAGGUUACAAUGAUGUGGCAGCGACAGUACUAAUCGUUAUGGGCUUAAAACCAGGAUUACACGUUCUUGAAAAAAUAUCAAUUGAAUUUUUAGAAAGAUUUAUGGAACAAACUAUGGAAAAAGUUAAUCAAGAAUUAUUUUAUAUAUUUGCUCUCUUAGAAAGAGUACAUCCAUCUUUAUUGGAACACCUUGAAAAUGUAGAAUUAUUUCCACACUUUGCUUUGGCAGAGUACACAACGUGGUAUGCUCAUAAAUUUUCUGAAAAUCGAAGCUUACUGCAUCGGUUGUUCGAUUUCUUUCUUAGCUCUCCAUUAUUAAUGCCUCUGUAUCUUAGUACUAUAAUUGUUGCCCAUAGAGCUAAUGAAAUCUUUGAUACUACACCUGAUAUGGGACAUACGCAUAAAGUGUUAUGUACACUACCGAGUGAUUUGCCUUUUGAAAAUUUGUUAGUAAAUGCCGAAACUUUGUAUCGUGAUUAUCCACCUGUAUCAAUAAUAAAAAAUGUACAUGAUUAUGAUAAAAAACGACGGCGUAAAGAACAAGAAUGGAAACUAAAAGCGGAAGAUAGUAAAAGAAAGUCAGAAAAGCAACGUCAACUUAAAGUAUCAUUACCACAAUCAAGGUUGCCAUAUCAUUUCAAACGUUAUCGAACUAUUACUGUCGUUACCAUUUUGGCAAUUGGGCUUUAUGCAUUCUUGAAAACAGGUUCUGGAAUUAACUGACAUUAGCUAAUUAUCGCCUUAGUUAUAAAUUAUAAUUUUAUACUUCGAUUUUUAAAUACUGAAAUAUUUAUGAAUUAUGUACCCUUCUCCAAAGAUAAUUCCUUAUUAUUCAUGCAAUGAAAACGGAUUGAGAUGAUUGCUCUGGAAAAGGAACAUUUACUGUAGUCCAGCAUUUUUUUCUAGGAAAACUUGAUCAUUCCUGUCCUGCUUUUACGUUAUAUAUCAUGUCAUAAUAUGUAAUUAAAUUCUAUGUACAAUUUUUACAUGUAUUGAAAGUAUAAAUUUGUCAAAAAUGAUCAUAAAAUUGUUAAAUCUAAGAAAUAUAAAAAUGUACAAUUGAAUUAUAAGUCACAAGAAUAAAAAUUAGCUAAUUUUUA